AGAGCCAUGGACAGUAUCGAUCUGUUUUAGAAUUUUGACUAUAAAUAAACCGCCGCGGCUGCACACGCUCAAUCAUUUGUGGUUUAAGAGCUCAAGGUAUCAGACAUAUCAUAAGGAAGAUGUUAUUCAUUUUGGCCACCUGCCUGCUGGCUUACGCAGCCGGAGAUGUCUCGCAUUUGCCGCUGGAACUCCUGGAGCAGCAUCAUGAGCAUGGCUAUGGCUAUGACUACCCCAAGCCGGAGAUACCAUUUGUGAUUGCCCCGACGACGGAACCACCACCGCCGCCACCACCGACUUAUCUGCCACCCAAGCCAGUGCCCACCUACCUACCCCCUCCUCCAGCCACGACCACGACCACUACUACUACCACUACCACCACUCCCGCUCCCACUCCCGCACCCACUCCCGCUCCCACUCCCGCUCCCACCUACCUUCCACCUCCACCACCCCCACCGCCCACCACCACCACCACCACAACAACCACAACAACACCUGCACCCACGCCGGUGCCCACGUACCUACCACCCCCACCCCCACCACCACAACCGGAACCGGGUUACCACUACGAUGUGCCCGCCCAAGAGUUCACCUACUGAGCCAAAUCGCCUUCGAACUGAACAUGAAAGAUUUCCCCGGAUUAGUUUUGUUUUGAAUCGUUCCACUAGGCUUAGGUUUAUAUAAGGUUAAAUCCAUCUCAAUAAACGCUGUUUUGUUAACCC